UGGCUCAAGUGCGCAUGUUCGUGACUCUGUGAGAUAGAGGCCUGCCUCGCCUUUUCUCUCGCACCUAUUCUUCACGGACAUCCUUCGUUUCACAUGGGAAAAGUUGUUAUUAUUAUUUUUGAGGGGCCGUUGACUAGAUGAGACAGAGAAGAAGAGAAAUAGCUCGGUAUCUCUAUUUCUUGACUGAAUAAUCCCCCAGUCCCCGGUUAUUGCAUCAAGGCCCUGCCCCUCUGAUUCCCGACCGGCUUCCUGUGUUUGUGCUGUUCUCACCAGCCAGGGAGCGAGCGAAGGGCCGAGCUGCCACCUCAACAUGGACUAGCCUAGUGUCCUCGACAACAGUAGCGGACCACAAAGAGGAAUACUCGAGGAGCUAUUUUUCUACAAGGAGGCACUGCAAAUGAUACCACAUCAAAGAUUCCACAACGCGAAGGAAGGAUCGGUUUAUAUUUAAAAGAUGGCGAACGACUCUCCGGCUAAAAGUCUGGUCGAAAUAGACCUGGCUUCAUUGCGGGAUCCAGCAGGGAUUUUUGAAUUGGUGGAAGUGGUCGGAAAUGGCACCUAUGGACAAGUAUACAAGGGGAGACAUGUCAAAACUGGACAGCUGGCCGCCAUCAAGGUCAUGGACGUCACAGAGGAUGAGGAGGAGGAGAUCAAACUGGAGAUCAAUAUGCUGAAGAAGUACUCCCAUCACAGAAACAUUGCCACAUACUACGGUGCUUUUAUCAAGAAGAGUCCCCCGGGGCACGAUGACCAACUGUGGCUGGUGAUGGAGUUCUGUGGGGCGGGCUCCAUCACAGACCUGGUGAAGAACACUAAAGGAAACCAGCUCAAGGAGGACUGGAUCGCCUACAUCUCCAGAGAAAUCCUCCGGGGACUGGCCCACCUGCACGCCCACCACGUCAUCCACCGUGACAUCAAGGGACAGAACGUCCUGCUCACAGAGAACGCCGAGGUCAAGCUUGUGGACUUUGGCGUGAGCGCCCAGUUAGACCGGACGGUGGGGAGGAGGAACACGUUCAUCGGGACUCCCUAUUGGAUGGCGCCGGAGGUCAUCGCCUGUGACGAGAACCCUGAGGCCACCUACGACUACAGAAGUGACUUGUGGUCAACUGGAAUCACGGCCAUUGAAAUGGCCGAAGGAGCUCCUCCGCUGUGCGACAUGCAUCCGAUGCGAGCACUCUUCCUCAUCCCAAGGAACCCUCCCCCGCGACUCAAGUCCAAGAAGUGGUCUAAGAAGUUUUGCAGCUUCAUCGAGGGCUCCCUGGUGAAGAACUACAACCAGCGGCCCCCCACCGAGCAGCUGCUCAAGCACCCCUUCAUCAGGGACCAGCCCAACGAGAGGCAGGUCCGCAUCCAGCUCAAAGACCACAUUGACCGCACCAAGAAGAAGAGGGGAGAGAAAGAUGAGACUGAAUACGAGUACAGCGGGAGUGAGGAGGAAGAGGAGGAUGCUGGAGAGCAAGAGGGAGAGCCUAGCUCCAUAGUGAACAUGCCGGGGGAGUCGACGCUGCGUAAGGACUUCAUCCGGCUGCAGCAGGAGAACAAGGAGCGCUCGGAGGCGCUGCGCCGACAGCAGCUCCUGCAGGAGCAGCAGCUCCGUGAGCAGGAGGAGUACAAGCGCCAACUACUGGCCGAGAGGCAGAAACGCAUCGAGCAACAGAAGGAGCAGAGGAGGCGACUGGAGGAGGGAAUCCCAACUAGAAUUUCAGCUCUCCCUGUGUGUCGUAUCCCUGAGGUUCUCUCUCUGUUGCCCCCUCCUGGUGCCUCACAGCAACAGCGACGCGAGCGCGAGAUGAGGAGGCAGCAGGAGCGUGAGCAGCGCCGCCGCGAGCAGGAGGAGAAGAGGCGCAUGGAGGAGAUGGAACGGCGGCGGAAAGAGGAUGAUGAGCGCCGGAGGGCGGAGGAGGAGAAGAGGAGGAGCGACCGUGAGCAGGAGUACAUUCGUCGGCAGCUGGAGGAGGAGCAGAGGCACCUGGAGAUCCUGCAGCAGCAGCUGCUCCAUGAACAGGCCAUGCUCCUGCCGCGCACUCUGCAUCAGGAGUUCAAAUGGCGGGAGCUGGAGGAGCAGCGGAAGGCAGAGCGUCUCCACAAGCGGCUGCAGCAGGAGCAGGCCUAUCUGCUGUCCCUCCAGCACGACAACAAACCACCGCAGCAGACACAGCCGCCGCAGCCCUGCCAAAAGACUAAAGACCCCAAGGGAAUGUCCCCCGACAGUACUAGCAAAGCCCCUCAGACAACGUCCCCGGGCCCCGUUGGCGAUAGAGCCCCAGCUCCACAACCCCACUUCCUCAAUAAUUCUAAUGCUAUUGCUUCACGGAGAACGUCCUGCGAUAACACUAGGUCCCCACAAGCCCAUUUCCUGGACAACGUUACUGCUAACGCCCCACGGAGAAUGUCCUCGGAUACCACAAAGUCCCCACAAACCACGUCCCGGGAUAAUACGACCAAGGCCCCUCAGAAACCGUCCCCAAACAGUGUUGAUAAAGACUCAGAAAAGACCCCCUCUGACCAUAGCGAUGCCCUAGCCACCCAGUCCACAGACGUUACUAAACCCUCACAGACCGGGGUCCUAGACGGCCCCAAGUCCCCACAGACAGACCGCUCGGAGCCUAGCGGCGCUCUCGGUGAUCCUCGGCCAAUCAGAGAGGCCGACGAGCGCUUCCGAAAGAACAUUCAGGGCUCCCCCCAGACCGCCCCACCCACCAAGCAGCCCCCCGUGCCCCCCCGCUCCGAACCCUUCUCUAACGGCGGCUCCUCCGAGUCCGUCCCGCCUGCCAUGCACCGACCCAUGGAACCACAGGUCCAGUGGUCCCACCUGGCCGCUCUUAAGAGCAGCAGCGCCGCCCCGCCCCCCGUCGUGUCUCGCUCCCAUUCCUUCAGUGAACCCGCCGUUCCUAGUUUUGCACAUCUCCAUCUGCGCUCCCAGGAGCCCCACAGCCACCACCAUCACCCCUCUGCUGCCGCACCAUCAGCUGCACGCACUGACCCCCAGCCCCCCGCCUCGGGCCCCAGCGACGAGGUGCCCCCCAGGGUUCCAGUGAGGACAACGUCCAGGUCCCCUGUGUUGUCACGCAGAGACUCUCCUCUCCAGGCCUCCGCCCCGCCUAGCAACCAGGCAGUACAGAGGAGCGCCGGCAGUAAUGCGGAGCCACGUCUGCUGUGGGACCGAGUGGAGAAGCUGGUUCCCAGGCCCGGCAGUGGCAGCUCCUCCGGCUCCUCCAACUCCAGCUCCCAGGCCGGCUCUGGGGAGAGGUUCAGAGCACGCUCAUCGUCUAAGUCUGAGGGCUCCCCACUGCAACGCCCCGACAACGCUGCCAAAAAGCCUGACGACAAGAAGGACUUUGCCCGACCCAACCGGCCAGCCGGUGACGUGGACCUGACGGCCCUGGCCAAAGAGCUGCGGGCGGUGGACGAUGUGCGUCCCCCCAACAAGGUGACGGACUACUCCUCCUCCAGCGAGGAGUCAGGCACCACCGACGAAGACGACGAUGAAGAAGUGGACCAGGACGCAGCAGACGAGUCCACCUCGGGAGCGGAGGAUACCAGGGCCGGGAGAGGUCUGAGUAACGGAGAGACUGCAUCCCUGAAGACCUUGCUGGCCCACGACGACUCAGAGAACGACCUCACCACACCCUCCAAGGAUGGCACCUUGGUCAUCCGACAGAGCGCGGGCGACAAAAAGCGCCCGGCGGUCAAUGUCUCUUCAUCCUCCUCCGGUCCCAGUGUGGCUCACGGUCAAGCCGUUCAAGUACAUACUCCUCCCGGUCCUGGUAACGGUCACCAGGAGAAAAACGGCUUUGCCGGCCGCAUUCACCUGCUGCCAGACCUUAUUCAGCAGAGCCACCACUCCCCCACCUCUUCCUCCUCUUCCAUCUCCAACUCCCCCUCCUCCUCCUCCAGCCAUGUCAGCCCAGCCAUGUCCCCCCAGACCCCCCUGGACAAGCUCACUGCCAUCGAGACCCAAUCGGCCAGCAACACCAUGCAGAAACACAAGUCUUCCUCCUCCUUCACCCCCUUCAUCGACCCACGCCUCCUGCAGGUCUCCCCCUCCAGCGGCAGCUCCCUCAACAACAUGGCGGCCUUCGGGAACGACGGGCGGCUGGUGGACGCCCUGCGGGCUGACCCGUCCCGUAAGGGCUCCGUGGUCAAUGUGAACCCGGUCAACACACGCCCCCAGAGCGACACGCCUGAGAUCCGCAAGUACAAGAAGAGGUUCAACUCUGAGAUCCUGUGUGCUGCACUAUGGGGUGUCAACCUGCUGGUGGGGACAGAGAGUGGUCUGAUGCUGCUGGACCGUAGCGGUCAGGGGAAGGUCUACCCCCUCAUCAGCCGACGGCGCAUCCAACAGAUGGACGUCCUGGAGGGACUCAACGUCCUGGUCACUAUAUCAGGGAAGAAGAAUAAGUUGCGUGUGUACUACCUGUCCUGGCUGAGGAACAAGAUUUUGCACAACGACCCAGAGGUGGAGAAGAAGCAGGGCUGGGUCACUGUAGGAGAGCUGGAGGGCUGCGUACACUACAAAGUCGUGAAAUAUGAGAGGAUCAAGUUCUUGGUUCUUGCCUUGAAGAACUCCGUGGAGGUCUAUGCGUGGGCCCCCAAGCCGUACCACAAGUUCAUGGCCUUCAAGUCGUUUGGUGACCUGGUGCACAAGCCCCUGCUGGUUGACCUGACGGUGGAGGAGGGCCAGAGGUUAAAGGUCAUCUACGGCUCCAGCAACGGCUUCCACGCCGUGGACGUGGACUCUGGGGCGGUUUACGACAUCUACCUGCCCACACACAUCCAGACCAAUAUCCAGUCCCAUGCCAUCAUCAUCCUGCCCAACACGGAUGGCAUUGAGCUGCUGGUGUGUUACGAGGAUGAGGGCGUCUACGUCAACACCUACGGACGCAUCACCAAAGACGUGGUGCUGCAAUGGGGCGAGAUGCCCACCUCAGUGGCCUACAUUAGGUCCAACCAGAUCAUGGGCUGGGGGGAGAAGGCCAUAGAGAUCAGGUCUGUGGAGACAGGACACCUGGACGGGGUCUUCAUGCACAAGAGAGCCCAGAGACUCAAGUUCCUGUGUGAGAGGAAUGACAAGGUGUUCUUUGCGUCGGUGCGCUCUGGAGGUUCCAGCCAGGUCUACUUCAUGACCCUGGGCCGUACCUCCCUGCUUAGCUGGUAGUGUACACACACACACCCAGCAGCAUGAAGACAGCACCCCUCGGUUUAUUACCACCAUAAUGAUGACUCAUGACAAUGAUUAUCUUGAACUUGACGUACAGCUGGAGUACCGAGCUUCACCGAGCUCUGAGGCGGCGCGAUACCUAAAUAUCACCUGUCUCAAAUAAGAAAAGACAAUUGCACGAUAAACGGACUGAAAUCAUGAAGGGGAGGCCGCGGGGUCCCUAUAGGCUGAUGGGACUGUGUUUGUUUGUGUCAGUUGGUAGUGCUGUCAUCAUGCCCAUUGGCCACUCUGCUCUGACAACAGAAGUCAUCAGCUUUCCUGGGUUCUUGGCCCCCAAACCCUACUAGAGCCUUCCCUUACCUCCUGCACCAGUGGGAGUAGGGAUCUGAGCCCGACUUAUUCAAAACACUAGUAGAUGUUAAUGUGUGUCUAUUGGAAGAAAAGAGGGGGGGGGGGGGGGUUGUGUGACAGGAGGGAGGAAAAUAAUGAAAGAGACUGUUGCGGAGGAAGGGAAGCUUAUAGCACCAGACAGGUGAAGGGUCAUACAGUAGUUUGUUAUUGUGUUUAGUCCAGGUCAUGUUCAGGUCAACUUCUGUGUUGAGCGUUUCUUAGAUCAGUUCCUCUGACUGACAUGCCGUUGCCACCACAUGGUUCCAUUUUCAAACGGGUCGUGCUUGACAUUGAAAAUGGAACGUUUGUCUCUUUUUCACUCUGGCCUUCCUCUUGAUAAGGGUUCAAACAGGGUUAAAGUGUGGAGAGAAGUUUCAUCAAAGAUGUCGACUUAACCCUUAAUAGGACACUGCAACCUUAUAGGGGCCUUUCCAGUCCCAUAUACUCCUGAGGGUCUUUUCCAGCCUCCCUCUACUUUAAUGUGCCACAUUGCCUCUCCUUGGUCGUGUUGGGCAAACUGUGAAUGGGUUGAUAUGUACAGUAGACUCUAGAGAAUGGUCUUGGUCAUGACUUUGACCGACCAUUUGGUAGCAUGAUGACCAGGGUAUUCAAUGGAACAAGUGUCAAGAUUAAAUAUACCUUAAAGAUUUGUAGAUGAAGCUUUAAAAUCCACAACAUAUCCAAAUGUAUCAGCAACCACAGGUUCGAUUUGUUUGUUUUUUCAUUUUAAUGGGCCCCUCCACUGAAUUCAGGUUUACAUUUGUCGCUACUUGUACAAUCUGUUGUGACAAAUGCAUUAGGUUUUGCUCAUAGCUCCUACGGGAAGUGUAUCAAAAUCUGACAUUUGAGUGAGAUUGAAUUAUUACAUGUAAAAACUAUUAUGAAGCAGCAUGGUCCCCAUUUUGAUACAUUUGUGAAAUCGUUGUAUUUCCAUGUUGGACUCUUUAAUACCAUCAGACCACCAUAGCCUGGUAGCUUCACCCCCUCAGCCUGUCUGCAUUAUUUUAGUAUCUUGACUCUGAGGGCAGAAGGGGACAUAUUUUGUUUUGUACAGUCUGUCCCAGUCCAGGCAGUCGUAUGCUAUGGAUUGAAGCAACACACCACUGCAACACGACGACAACCUGGAAGCCUUUCCAAACCCCAGCAGCUCCUGGUUGUAAUUCUUUCGUUUUCCUCUCGCCUCUUGAUCCAAUUAGUGAAAAAUGGGACUGCACUUGUUUGUCAUAAUGUUUCCUGGUUAGCCUGGGUGCCAGUCUGAAGCAGCAGCAAGGAGCUCCACUGUUCUUGUCUUCUGAGAUAGACUGGUACCCAGGUUAGAUUCUUUGUGUGUGUGUGUUUGGACAAACUUUUUUUUCAAGAAUGGAAAUCAUAAUGUCUCUAUGGUUACAUGUCCCUCCAAAGCUUGACCCUCUUACAGUGGACUGUCACAUCCUGUUUGGGUGAGAUGAUUCCAGGCCUCUCUAAAGAACGCAACGCUGUAAGAAUAUAGAUAUGAGAUGCUUUCUCCUCUGCAAAUCUGUGAAACGCGGUGCAAUGCCAAGAUGGCAUAAGUCCCACAUUUUAACAGUGUUACAAACCACUACAGAAAGUAUCGAUUACAUUUUUAACUCCUUAGUUUGUUUCUGUAAUUUUUAUUACCCUUAUAAUUAUGCGGCUGCAGUGGUUUAUAAAAGUUAAUGCACACAUUAUGUUAAAUGUUUACAGAGGCAAUGUUUUGUUAAACCAAUGUGCAUCAAUAUAAAUAUUUAUGGUUUAUUUUAGGGCAAUAAUCCCUUUUUUUAGCUUUUGUAUCAUUUGGAGGUUCAUGUACAGGAAUAACCCUCGACCUCUGUUCAUUCACUUUUCAAAAAUGACAAAAUUCUGAGUUUAAAUCACUGAUUUUCCUGGAUAACACAGCAGUGUGCCCUUGGCUGUGGCAACGUUGCAGCAACGCUGUGACAAGGUUCUCUGCCUGCCAGGUGACAUGUUUUCCUCAAGUGUUUCUACCAUGCUACUCUAAUUUAUGUCCUCUGUGUAUUAUGGGAAUUGUUGUAUUUUCCUCAAGGUCUUUUUUCCAUUGAAUAAAAUCCUAAGUAAUUUA